AUUAGACACAUUCUAGGUAUAGUACUACACGAGCCCUUUGAUGGGAACUUUGUCAGUUGGGGACCUCCUAUGUGUGCUCCCCUUUCGAGUACUGAAUAUUUAGCCAGCCUAUCUCUUAUGGUCCUUGCUCAACCACAACCCUCAAUCCUUCCCAUUUCUAUCUCUUCCUUUCUCCUUCCCACAGUCAUAUCCCAUUAGUAUAUUCAGAACCAUUCCUCCAUCGAACUUGUUUAUGCAGCAAACCCAGAAUGGCAAAGACUAAGUAUCCCUCCUUGCUGUUGCUCCUCAUCAUUCUGUUCUGUACAGAACUACUACUAGUCCUGCAAGUUACAGGUGUAGCAGGGUCAAGAACUCCAAUAUUGGCUCGCUCUAAUCAUUUGAAGGCCACCCAAAUGUCUUCUUCCCAACAGGAAUUGCAGUUUCAGACUGGUGGCAAAGGAAGGAUGUACAAGAAUUCAAAAAGAUUGAUGAUAGGAUCGGUGGCGCCAACCUGCACGUACAACGAAUGCAGAGGGUGCAAGUACAAGUGUAGUGCUGAGCAAGUUCCAGUGGAGGGGAACGACCCAAUCCACAGUGCAUACCACUACAAAUGUGUUUGCCAUAGGUAAUCUUUGUACUAGAGCGAGGGUACCCUCUAAGUUGGGCACUGGAAUUUUGCUUCAAUUCUAUGGAAAUAUUCCCUGUAAUUAAUCAUAAGAAAGGCUUUCCCCAUUUUCAACGUUCAACAUCCAAAUUGGUGUCGAUCUUCUGGAUUUGGAACUAAGAUUCGUGUUUUGGGAUCCAACAGUCCAUCUCAUCUCAUCCCAUGUACUAUAUUUUUCUUUUUCCGUCUAAAUCCUAAUUUCAUCUCUUUUA